AUGGCGGGCGCCCAGCCCGAGGCCCUGGCGGGGGGCGAGGGCGCUGGCGCCGCGGCGGGCGCGGCGCGAGAGCUGGCGGAGGACCGGAAGGCCGCGGGCAACGGCCACUUCGCCGCGGGCGACCUCGAGGGCGCCCUGCGGUGCUACGGGCAGGCGCAGGCCGCCGCCGCCGCGGCCGGCGGCGAGCGGGCCCUCGUGGCCUCCCUGGCCUGCAACGAGGCGCUCUGCCUGCUGAGGCUGGGGAGGCCCGCGGAGGCGGAGGAGCGCGCCAGCGCGGCGCUGGCCGCCGACCCCGCCAGCGGCAAGGCUGCCUACCGCCGCGCCCUGGCACGCCUGGAGCUCGGCGACGCGCGCGGCGCGCUGGGGGACCUGCAGAAGGCCGCACCGCCAGAGCACGGAGGUGAGGCUGAGGCUGGAGGAGGCGCGGAGGCUGCUGGACGCCGCGCCCGCCGACCAGCGGGAGGUCGCCGUGGCCGUGGGCGCGGCCCGCGCCGUGGGCGGCGCGGCCGACGGCGGGGGCCUCUAUCCCGGGGAAACUGGACUUGA